CCCAACUGGCUCUGGGUGCUGAGACUUGCCUGAAACCGGAGUUGAUAAUUGGGUAGACUCCAAAUAUUUGCUCUGCUGAGGGGAGGGAUCCGUCUCUUGAAGUCAAGCCUGAGGGAAUCUGGUUCUUACAGUCACUCUCUCAUGUUGGUAGUGUGGGCUGGAUUUUGAGCAGGCUUCAGAAGAGGCAGAAGUCCUGCCCAAAGCUCAGUCUGAGGCACCCAGGUGCUCUUCCUCCAUAACACCUUCAGUAUGUGGCAGCUUUCUGUGGCGCAGACAGCGAACUUGGUGCUGAAAGAUGGAACGAAGAUGAAGGGCUAUUCUUUUGGCUAUCCAUCCUCCACAGCAGGGGAAGUCGUAUUCAACACUGGUAUUUCUGGAUACACUGAAGCCUUGACAGAUCCCAGCUACAAAGGACAGAUUCUUACUCUGGCUAACCCCAUUGUUGGGAACAGUGGGGUGCCUGACACAGCUGCCUUGGACGAAAUGGGCCUCAGGAGGUUUCUGGAGUCCGAUGGAAUCAAGGUUUCAGGUUUGCUGGUGCUGGAUUACAGCAAUGAGUACAGUCACUGGCAGGCUGCAAGGAGUCUUGGGGAGUGGUUGCAGGAAGAAAAGGUGCCUGCUCUCUAUGGGAUCGAUACCAGAAUGUUGUCCAAAUUAAUUCGUGACAAGGGCACAGUACUUGGGAAGAUUGAAUUUGAAGGUCAACCCACAGAGUUUGCAGACCCAAAUAAGCAGAACUUAAUUGCAGAAGUUUCAACAAAGGAAGUCAAGGUAUAUGGCAGAGGGAAUCCAAUUAAAGUUGUAGCAGUUGACUGUGGGUUGAAGUACAACAUUAUUCGUCUGCUGGUAAAGCGAGGUGCCGAAGUACAUCUGGUUCCAUGGGACCAUGAUUUUAUCAGCAUGGAGUAUGAUGGCCUCGUAAUUUCUGGAGGUCCAGGGGAUCCGAUGAAUGCCCAGGAGGUGAUUCAGAGUGUCAGAAAGGUGCUGGAGAGCAAUCGCCCAGAGCCUCUGUUUGGAAUUAGCAUGGGGCAUGUGAUCACUGGAAUAGCAGCCGGAGCUACUUCCUACAAGAUGCAGAUGGCCAACAGAGGACAGAACCAGCCUGUCCUGAAUGCAGUGAAUGGACAGGCCGUCAUCACUGCUCAGAACCACGGUUAUGCCAUCGACAGCUCUACCCUCCCACCUGGCUGGAAACCUCUCUUUGUCAAUGCCAAUGAUCAAACAAAUGAGGGAAUUAUGCAUGAGACCAGACCAAUUUUCACAGCACAGUUCUACCCAGAUGCAAAUCCCGGGCCUACAGACACAGAGUUCCUGUUUGACUCAUUUAUUUCACUGGUAAAGAGAGGGAAAGGCACUACCAUUGCUUCGGUCCUGCCCAAGGCUGGAGCAGCAGCUUCUAGAGUGGAGGUCUCCAAAGUUCUCAUUCUUGGAUCCGGGGGCUUGUCCAUCGGUCAGGCAGGGGAAUUCGAUUACUCUGGAUCUCAGGCUGUGAAAGCCAUGAAGGAAGAAAAUGUGAAAACUGUCCUCAUGAAUCCUAACAUUGCUUCAGUGCAGACCAAUGAGACUGGCAUAAAGCAGGCUGAUGUUGUCUACUUCCUCCCCAUCACUCCCCACUUUGUCACGGAGGUCAUCAAGGCAGAAUGCCCUGAUGGAUUAAUUUUGGGCAUGGGUGGCCAAACAGCUCUCAACUGCGGAGUGGAACUCUUCAAGCAAGGAGUCCUGCAGCAGUAUGGUGUGAAGGUCCUAGGUACAUCAGUUGAAUCCAUCAUGGCUACAGAGGAUAGAAAGCUUUUUUCUGAUAAACUGACUGAGCUAAAUGAAAAGAUUGCUCCUAGCUUUGCAGUGGAAUCGAUUGAAGAUGCUUUGAAGGCAGCUGAGAAGAUUAGCUACCCUGUCAUGAUACGUUCUGCUUAUGCCCUUGGUGGUCUGGGGUCAGGCAUAUGUCCUGAUGAGGAAAGUUUGCUGGACCUUGGUACUAAGGCAUUUGCAAUGACUAACCAAAUUCUGGUGGAAAAGUCAGUUGUUGGCUGGAAGGAGAUAGAGUAUGAAGUUGUGAGAGAUGCUGUUGAUAACUGUAUUGCUGUCUGCAGUAUGGAAAACAUCGAUGCCAUGGGAGUCCACACAGGGGAUUCUGUUGUAGUGGCUCCAAGCCAGACACUUGCUAAUGAGGAAUUUCAGAUGCUGAGGGAUCGUGCCAUCAAGGUUGUCCGACAUUUGGAUAUUGUGGGAGAGUGCAAUAUCCAGUUUGCUCUGCAUCCAACUUCCCUGGAGUACUACAUCAUCGAAGUUAAUGCCAGACUCUCAAGAAGUUCAGCUUUGGCAUCAAAGGCAACAGGGUAUCCGUUAGCUUUCAUUGCUGCCAAAAUUGCCUUGGGGAUCCCCUUACCGGAAAUCAAAAACGUGAUGACAGGAAACACCUCGGCCUGCUUUGAGCCCAGCCUGGAUUAUGUUGUUACCAAGAUACCCCGCUGGGAUCUGGACCGCUUUCAGGGCACCUCUAACCGGAUUGGAAGCUCCAUGAAGAGUGUGGGGGAGGUUAUGGCUAUCGGCCGCACUUUUGAAGAGAGCUUCCAAAAAGCCCUGAGAAUGUGCCACCCCUCUGUAGAUGGCUUCACUUCACUCCUGCCCCUGAGUAAAGCCUGGCCAGCCAGCACAGAUCUCCAGAAGGAACUCUCUGAGCCAUCCAGCACUCGGAUAUAUGCAAUGGCCAAGGCUUUGGCUAACAAAGUCCCUGUGGAUGUCAUUCACAAGCUCACGGCCAUUGACAAGUGGUUCCUGUAUAAGAUGCGUGGCAUUGUGAACGUGGAGAAGAUCCUGAAGGAAGCGAACAGUGAAGCCAUUCCAGAAGAGACCCUGAGGAGGGCCAAACAGCUCGGCUUCUCGGACAAGCAAGUUGGGAAGUGCCUGGGGCUGACUGAACUGCAGUGCCGGCAGCUGAGACUGAGGAAGAACAUAGCUCCCUGGGUGAAAAAGAUCGACACGCUGGCGGCAGAGUACCCUGCAGUAACUAACUACCUGUACGUCACGUACAGUGGGCAGGAACACGAUGUAAAAUUUGAUGACUGUGGAGUGAUGGUGUUAGGCUGCGGACCAUAUCACAUAGGCAGCAGCGUGGAGUUUGAUUGGUGUGCUGUCUCCAGCAUCCGCACACUGCGUCAGCUUGGCAACAAGACCGUCGUGGUGAAUUGCAACCCGGAGACGGUGAGCACGGAUUUUGAUGAGUGUGACAGACUGUACUUUGAGGAGCUGUCAUUGGAAAGGAUCCUGGACAUCUACCAAUAUGAGGAAUGCAGUGGUUGCAUUAUUUCUGUAGGUGGGCAGAUUCCCAAUAAUUUGGCAGUGCCACUGUACCAGAGUGGAGUGAAGAUUCUUGGCACGAAUCCUUUGCAGAUUGACCGGGCAGAAGAUCGCUCUAUUUUCUCAGCUGUUCUGGAUGAGCUGCGUGUGGCCCAGGCUCCCUGGAAGGCAGUCAGCACUCUGAGAGAUGCAGUUGAAUUUGCAGGCUCUGUGAGUUACCCAUGUUUGCUGAGGCCUUCCUAUGUUCUGAGUGGGUCUGCAAUGAAUGUAGUAUUCACCGAAGAUGAAAUGAAUAAGUUCUUAGCAGAAGCCACAAGAGUCUCUCAGGAUCACCCUGUGGUACUCACUAAAUUUAUUGAAGAUGCCCGUGAGGUGGAAAUGGAUGCUGUAGCCAAGGCAGGAAGAGUUAUCUCGCAUGCUGUUUCAGAGCAUGUGGAGGAUGCAGGUGUUCACUCUGGAGAUGCCACUCUCAUGUUACCCACACAGACUAUUAGCCAGGGAGCCUUGGAGAAGGUAAAAGCUGCUACAAAGAAGAUUGCAAAUGCAUUUGCCAUUUCUGGUCCGUUCAACAUUCAGUUCUUGGUGCGAGGCAAUGAUGUGCUGGUGAUAGAGUGCAACUUGCGGGCUUCACGCUCCUUCCCUUUUGUAUCCAAGACUCUGGGUGUGGAUUUCAUUGAUGUGGCCACGAAAGUGAUGAUUGGAAAAGAGGUUAACGAGUCAACCCUCCCCACGCUGGAGCAGCCCAUUAUUCCCUCCAAAUACAUUGGGAUUAAGGCCCCGAUGUUUUCCUGGACCCGACUGAGAGAUGCUGACCCUGUUCUGCGAUGUGAAAUGGCCUCUACUGGGGAGGUUGCAUGCUUCGGGGAGGAUGUGUACUCUGCCUUCCAGAAAGCUAUGCUUGCCACUGGGUUUACGUUUCCUAAGAAAGGAAUUUUGAUCGGAAUCCAGAAGUCCUUCCGCCCCAAAUUCCUCAGUGUAGCAGAACUGCUGUGUGAGGAGGGCUUCAAGCUUUAUGCCACAGAAGCAACCUCUGACUGGCUCAAUGCAAACAGUAUCCCAGCAAACCCUGUGGCAUGGCCAUCACAGGAAAACCAGCAUCCCAGCCUCCCUUCAGUCAGGAGGCUGAUAAGGGAUGGGAAAAUAGAUCUGGUGAUUAACCUGCCCAACAGCAACACCAAGUUUGUCCAUGAUAAUUACAUGAUCCGGAGGAUGGCUAUUGACAGCGGGAUUGCUCUACUCACUAACUUCCAGGUGACAAAGCUUUUUGCUGAAGCUGUCAAAUACUCUGGGAAAUUGGACUCCAAGAGUCUCUUCCACUACAGACAGUUUGACAAUGGAAAUGCUGCAUAGAAGAGCUAUGUCCAGCCUGCUAUCUUACUGCUUCUGGCACCAUGGGAGAGGGGAUCUCAGAUCGUACACCUAACCGUGCAUUUUAUAGCAUCUGCACUGUUUGUCUUCCCAGCUUACACAAACUAAUUCCCAGUGAAUACUUCUGAUUGUUCAUUGGAAACCCAUCCUCUCCUCAGCCUCUCCACCGUCUUGUCUCCAUUUCCACUUAGGAACAAAUAUUACUUACUAGAUGGGUAGAUCUGGACACCACCAUAGCAGAGGAGAUGGAAGGAGAUACAAAUGCUCCUAUAUGGGAGUAGCUUUUGAUGACCAAGCCUGUUUCUUAGAAAGACCUUUUUUGGGUCCAUACUCCCAGCUAUUCUCAUGCUGAACUGCUGUAGCCUGGCCCCAAACUUCCAUAGCAAGGUCUGUAGCUCCUUUAUAUAAUAUAUACUUCAUACAAUGAUUAGAAAUCCUCCUGCUCAACUUAUACCAUGGACACCUGUCAUGGUACAGAACUGCUGAGGGUGUUGGGUGUGAUAGAAGCUCUUUAAAGAUAAAGGAACACAAAUUCCCCACGAUUCCCUGCAGUAGCUAAGGGGCAUGAUUCACCUACUUUUGUUUGUUUUAUUAACUCUGGCUAAGCAUCUUCUUCUGCAGCCUGCAGAUCUGAUGAGAGACAGAGGCUACAUGUGUGUACUGGAAUUGCUUCCACAUUUUGCUUAGUCCUUCAGGCUGUUAUUAUUACUAUUUUUUAAAUUCUAGCUCAUCAUUCUGAAUUCAAGCUGCCAUCACUGUAUCAUAAAAGCUCUCAGCUUUGUGUCUGGCUUCAAAAGUGGGGAACUCCCCAAAGACAUCUUUGUACUGUGACUGGGCAUUAAAAUUGAAUCUUCUCAGAAUGAGGUGAAAGUGUCGCAGUGCUUUAACCCUUGCAGCUAAGCGACCCCUUCACUUUCACUCCAGCCUUCUCUGCUGCUUUUUCAGCUCUAGCAAUGCCUGCAAAUGCUGCCCACAGAGCAGACUCCCACUGUGCCACCUGUUGCACAUUCUCAUGUACUGGUAGCACAGCAGAAGGCUUUAGCAGCUCCAUGGCCAACAGUGCUUCAUCCUACGUAUGUAUGCAGCAGACGCUGUACCUGCCCCUAAGUGUUUACCAGCUAGGGUCCACACAUUUGUCUUUUUUCCCCCAUGUUGCAGUAUGUGCACAGUAUACCCUGGAGCCGGAAGAUUCAAAGUUGGACUAACGCUAAAACAUUUCAGGAAGGUUACUAAAUCUGAUGAGAGCUGUUACUGAAAGGUGCAAAGGAAGGGACAGAGGCUGUGAUGACUUUGGGUACCCUGGAGACCCCCGAACAAUUGAUGCUGAGUGCCAGGACCAAAUUUAGAGCUAGGUGUAGACUUUAUUCCUGAUCUGGUUGAUAUUCUAAGUGCUCUGAUUGUGGGCUUGUCGUCAGGACUAACUUCUGCGAUGAACACAAUCCUGUCUGCUGUGCAUAGGGAGAGCUUUUGCACUUCUAGAGUAGAAAUGUUAUUAAACAAACAAACAAAAACAAAAUCAAAAAACAAAACCACCAAUCCAGAAGAGGCCAGAGCCAUCAACUGUUCACCCAUUCAGCUGUGAAAGGAAUGACUAACGGUGCUUAAUGAAGCAGUACUCUCUAAAUGCAUCCUGCACUUUUUUUUUUCCAGUGGCAAAAAUCCCAUUAACAACUGGUGUCAUCUCACAUCUUCCCAGCCUGUCUUUACCUCUAGUACUGAACAAAGUGACAUCUUCAAAUGUCUGUAUUCUCUUGUUCUUUUUUUUCUAUUUUGUAACUUUCCUCGUGAGCUGAAAAUGAAAUAAAUGCCCUGGAUUGUCA